AUGUGUGUUUACAAUUCAAUAGUAGAUGCAGCAACAGGAGUUCCACUACGAGGAGUGGUAUUGAAAAAACCUGAGGAGAUGGAUUAUGAAAGGGAUGAAGUAAAGGUUGUAAUGUUCACUGGCAAUGGAUGGUCAAGUAUGGGUAAAGAUCUAGAAACACCAAACUACAACGGUGAAACAAAAGUAAAAGAUAAAUGUCCUGUUAAAUGUACAUUUCUUGAUGAUAAACAAUCACAUACUUUUGUUGAUGUUGUUAUAUUCGAAGCACAACCAUUAGGAAGUUGGGGAUAUGAUUACCUAUCGAAACCACCGAAAUUCCCUAUGAAGGAACCUGGACAAGCAUACGCCGCUUUUUCUUUCGAGCAUUCGAUCUACUUUCCAAUUCAAACAGAACCAGAGUAUCUCAAAUAUAUAGAUAUGAAUAUGACAUUGUUUGAAGAUGCCAACAUACCUAUCACCAGUACAUGCAGCUGGGGAGUUAUGACAAAUGGAUCGAUCGACAACUUCAGAGAUGCUCCUGUUAAACCAUUCAAAAAGAAACAAAAACACUGUGUCUUUUUCGCUUCAAAUUGUUUUGGUGGUGGAGCAAUCUACCGUACUGAGUAUAUUAAAGAUUUACAAAAAUAUAUACCGGUAGAUGCAUAUGGAUCAUGCUUACACAAUAAGGAUUUGGAAAAAGAAGAUAAGGAUGGAAAUAUCUUUGAUAAUCUAGGUAAAUCAAUGAAUAUCAAAUCUAGAAUAACCGGUGGAUAUCUUUUUGGUUUGGCAUUUGAGAAUAAUAAUAUUACAAACUAUGUAACUGAGAAGGUUUAUACUGUAAUGUUAAGUGGAGCAGUUCCUAUUUAUAUGGGUGCACCUAACAUUGAUAGCUAUGUACCUAGAAAGAGUAUAAUAAAGACCGAUGAUUUUGAAUCGCCAGAGGCACUGGCAAACUACUUGAAAUACUUGGCAAAGAAUGAAAGUGCAUACAACGAGUAUUUCGAAUGGAAGAAGGAACCGUAUCCUCAAUCAGUGAUCGAUAAUUACAAAAACUGUGUAUUCUACUCUGCCGACUGUAGAUUAUGUCAGACUGUUCAUGCAUUUAGAGAAAUGAAAAAGAAACAAUUGGGUGAUGGAUUCAGAGUUAACUAUGGUGAACCCGAUAAUGUAAAACAUGAAAAGAGGGUUGUCUCAUUCACAGAGAAAUCAUGUGUAAUUGCAAAACCAACACCAGAAACAGAGAGUAAAUUCACCAAUAAUAUUGAUGGUGUUUCAAUGGGUGCAUGGAUAUUCGUAACAAAAAAAGUAGACGAUAUGAAUCACGUUGGUUUCACUUUUGGUAAUAAUGUAUUGAAACUGUUUGUUAAUGGACUAUUGGAUGUCGAAAUGGAUUUACAACAUCAAUUGGAUAUACAUCAUAAGUUAUUAAUGAGAAUUGGAUGUAGAGGUACAUUUAAUGGUAUGAUGGAUGAUAUUUCAAUUUGGGCAAGAGAGUUAACAACCAGUGAGAUAUCAAAAACAAUGUUUGAAAAGAUGAGUGGUAAUGAAGAAAAGCUAUUGAUGUACUUUACCUUCAACUCUGGUGAAGUACAAGAUUACUCUGAAAACAAAGUGAUGAUAAUCAACACUGAGACAACAAUAGUAGAUCAUGACUAUCAAGAAUUAAGAUUAGAUUGUUGUUCAAAAAAAGGAAGAUAA